AAAUACAAAAACUAAAUUAUUAGCAUCUCAAAACUUCUCUUCUUCGUCCGCCCAUCCAGCUUUGCUUCCUCCGGCGAGGCGUUUAAAAUGGCGACAGCCUUGCCUUUAUCUCCGGUUAACCAUCAGUUAUGUCGGAGAAGCAACAGGUUCUGGUACAAAGCUAUGUCUCCCCGGUUCUGUCCGCCCAGUUUCUUGGUUUCUUCGCCCUGUUGCCUCGGCGUGAAAGGAAUCGGCUUGUCAAGUCAGUUACGGGCUCGCCACCCUCUGAUCUCUUCAGCGGCUUCGACUGAUUAUCUAUUGCAUGACGUUGGAGCCACCGUGGCAGUUCUUGGUGGAGCCUUCGCGCUCGUCUUACUCUUCGAUAGUCUCACGAAGCGAGACGUGAUUCCACAGAGAUUGAGCAGAAAGCUUGUGCAUAUACUCUCAGGUCUGCUUUUCGUGCUCUCGUGGCCAAUCUUCAGCGCAUCGACGGAGGCUAGAUACUUUGCUGCUUUCGUUCCGUUAGUGAAUGGCCUAAGGCUUGUUGUCAACGGACUAUCUGUCUCCCCCAACUCCACGCUAAUCAAAUCAGUCACUAGGGAAGGAAGACCAGAAGAGUUGCUUAAAGGUCCAUUGUUCUACGUUCUAGCCCUUCUCGUUGCUGCGGUUUUCUUCUGGAGAGAUUCUCCUACCGGUAUGAUCUCGUUGGCAAUGAUGUGUGGUGGCGACGGAAUUGCUGAUAUCAUGGGACGUAAGUAUGGAUCAUACAAGAUACCUUACAACCCAAGAAAGAGCUUGGCGGGAAGCAUCUCAAUGUUCAUAUUCGGCUUUUUCAUCUCUAUCGGGUUACUUUACUAUUACUCGAGCCUUGGGUACCUUCACAUGAACUGGGAAACGACCUUUACUAGAGUCGCCAUAGUCUCACUGGUUGCUACGUUGGUGGAGUCACUACCCAUCACCGAUCAAAUAGACGACAACAUUUCGGUUCCUCUGGCUACUAUUUUGGCUGCUUACCUAAGUUUUGGAUAUUAGAUUCAUCCCUCCUAAACUGUAUAAGCUGUAUUUGUAUGAAUACGACCUGGGAAUGCAGCUACAAAUAUGCUACCAGUUGUAUAUAUUUUACUGUUACUGGUCAAAGAUUCAUAACUAAUUUGAUUUCGGGUUAAAAGUG